AUGAAGUCAGAAAGUAAUGUCAAGCCACGUCAAAGGAGUGCAAUAUCAUUACCGGCUAGUAUGGUGAGUUCUAAAAAUUCUCGUCUUCCUGCAAUUCCUGAGGCAAUAAAGCCAGCAAACAAUGUCAGGGUGCGUCAAAGAACUGCUCCUCAACAUUCUUCUCAACUUCCUAUAGUUUCUAUUAAUGCAGUCAGGUCAGCAAGUAUUCUCAGGCCAGGUCAAAGAACUGCAAAACUAUCACCCGCUAAUAACAUGCCUUCUCAAAAUUUUUCUGGUCUUCUUAUAGUUUCUAAUGCAGUAAAGCCAGCAAAUGAUGUCAAGCCGCAUCAAAGAAGAGCAAGAUCAUUAUCAGCUAAAAUCAUUCCUCGUCCAAUUUAUUCUCAUCGUCCUAUAGUUUCUACUAUACUGACCUCACCGAGUAAUGCCAAGUUGCAUCAAACAAGAGCAAGAUUAUCACCAGCCAAAAUCAGGCCUCUGCAAAAUUCUUCUCAUCUUCCUAUAGUUUCUACUAUAGUGACCUCGGCAAGUUAUGUCAAGCCGCGUCAAGGAAGUGCAAGAUUAUCACUAGCUAAAAUCAGGCCUCCACAAAAUCCUUCCCAGCUUCCUAUAGUGACCUCGGCAGGUAAUGUCAAGCUGCGUCAAGGAAGGGCAAGAUUUUCACCGGCUAAAAUCAGGCCGCCUCAAAAUCCUUCCCAGCUUCCUAUAGUGACCUCGGCAACUUAUGUCAAGCCGCGUCAAGGAAAUGCAAGAUUUUCACCAGCUAAAAUCAGGCCUCCACAAAAUCCUUCUCAGCUUCCUACAGUGACCUCGGCAGGUAAUGUCAAGCCGCGUCAAGGAAGGGCAAGAUUUUCACCAGCAAAAAUCAGGCCGCCUCAAAAUCCUUCUCAGCUUCCUAUAGUGACCUCGGCAAGUAAUAUCAAGACGCGUCAAGCAAGGACAAGAUUUUCACCAGCUAAAAUCAGGCCGCCUCAAAAUUCUUCUCAUCUUCCUAUCAUUUCUACUAGAGCGACCUCGGAAAAUAAUGCCAAGUUGCAAGAAAGAAGCGCAAGAUUAAUAUCAUCCGCUGAUAUCAUGCCUCCUCAGAAGUCUUAUCAUCCUGUAGUGUAUAAUGCAACCAAGUCAGCAAGUAAUGUCAGGCCACGUCAAAAAAGGACAAUAUUAUCGCCAUCUAAUAUUGUGCCUAAUGCAAUUGCGUCAGCAAGUGAUGUCAGGCUGCGUCAAAGAAGCGUAAAUGAUGCACCUCCUCAAAAUUCUUCUCAGCUUCCUGCAGUUCCUAAGGUAGUAACCUCAGCAAGUAAAGUCAAGCCAGGUGAAAAAAGUGCAAGAGUAUCACCUCCUCAAAAGCCUUCUCAUCUUCCUCUAGUUUCUAGUACUGCAAUAGAGUCAGCGAGCUAUGUCAGGCCACGCCAAAAGAGGCAAGUAUCCUCAGCAGCUAGUCUCGUGCCUUCCGAAAACUCUUCUCAUCGUCCUGCAUUGCCUAAUAAUGUGAGGCCGCAUCAAAGAAGUACAAUAUCAUCAGCCUCCAAAGUCAUGCCUCCUCAAAAAUCUUCUCAUCUUCCUUCUGUGCGUGAUUCAAUGAAAUCAUCAAGCACUGUCAACCCCCAUCAAAGAAGUGCAAGACUCUGA